CGCCUUGGCCUGUGCCCCGGGGAACGUGGCGAGGGCGACGCCGCUCGGAAGGCGACUGAGCUGGGCAGGAGGAAGGCGGAGGCGACCUGUUCCCGGUCUGGGGCGGGAAAAAAGUCACCUUGGACCGACGGACACGUGUGCUGUAGCCAAAGGAGGAGAAGGCGUCUCCGGGGGAUCCAGAGCCUUAAUAGAUCGCCCUGAGAUACGCCCCCCCCAUCCUUUCUCUCUCCCCCCCCUUUCCCACUUUCCCUUUGUGCGCGCGCGUGCGCGUGCUUCUGUGUUUUGUUUUGUUUUUCCCCUCCCGGCUUUGAACUUCGGAAGAAGUGGGUCACCCCGACUCUCAUCCAGGAAAUCUGGCGCGGUCGAGAAAGGGUCGCCCGCCUGGAUUCUCCGAAGCGUUGGAUCCGAAUUUCGGAGAAAGAGAAGGAAUCCUGUCCCGCCAAAUCCCUGGAAAUUUCGAAGAUGAUGAUUGCAUCCUACCUUCUGAACAGAUGAGAAGAUGUUGGCCAUUGUGUAGAAGAUGCUUGGAAACACUCAGUGGCUUCUCAGCUUGAUUGCUUCAAUUCCUCCAAAGACUCGCUGAUUGCUGUUUUUUUGUUUUUUUUUAAGAAUGGUCGGCCUUUGUCAUCUCAUCAUGCUUCCAAUUCUGGCUUAAACCGCUCCCUAAAAUGCUCUUUCUGCUUGUUAUCUGGUUCUUGAAGGAAAAUGUUUGUGGGAACUUUAAUGCUUUGGUUUCUGCUCAGUCCAGUGAAAGACGGGUGGUGGCCUACAUGCCUGGAGAUAUUGUCAUUGGGGCUCUCUUCUCGGUCCAUCAUCAGCCAACGGUUGACAAGGUCCACGAGAGAAAAUGCGGAGAGGUAAGAGAACAAUAUGGGAUCCAGAGAGUCGAAGCAAUGCUUCACACCCUUGAUCGUAUUAAUCAGAACCAAACUCUGUUACCCAACAUAACCUUAGGUUGUGAAAUACGGGACUCAUGCUGGCAUUCAGCCGUUGCUCUCGAGCAGAGUAUCGAGUUCAUCCGCGACUCUCUCAUCUCGGCAGAAGAAGAGGAAGGGCUGAUGAAGUGUGUCGAUGGCUCUACAUCUCAGUACCACUCGAAGAAGCCCAUUGUUGGUGUGAUUGGUCCCGGGUCCAGUUCCGUGGCAAUCCAGGUCCAAAAUCUGUUGCAGCUUUUCAACAUACCUCAGAUCGCCUACUCCGCCACAAGCAUGGACUUAAGCGACAAGACUUUGUACAAGUAUUUCAUGCGAGUGGUACCUUCGGACGCACAACAGGCCCGUGCGAUGGUGGACAUUGUCAAGAGGUACAACUGGACUUACGUGUCUGCAGUACACACAGAAGGAAACUAUGGCGAAAGUGGGAUGGAAGCCUUCAAAGACAUGUCUGCCAAAGAAGGGAUCUGCAUCGCUCAUUCUUACAAGAUCUACAGCAAUGCCGGGGAGCAGAGCUUUGACAAAUUGUUGGAAAAGCUCAGAAGCCAUUUACCCAAAGCAAGAGUUGUUGCGUGUUUCUGCGAAGGCAUGACAGUACGAGGGCUGUUGAUGGCAAUGAGACGCUUGGGGCUGGCUGGUGAAUUUUUGCUGCUGGGCAGUGAUGGCUGGGCAGACAGGUAUGAUGUGACAGAAGGCUACCAGCAUGAAGCUGCUGGUGGAAUAACAAUCAAGCUCCAGUCUCCUGGUGUGAAGUGGUUUGAUGAAUAUUACCUGAAACUUCAGCCAGAAACCAAUCAGCGAAAUCCAUGGUUUCAGGAAUUUUGGCAGCAUCGGUUCCAGUGCCGACUGAAGGGGUCCCCUCAGGAGAACCCCAAAUUCAACAAGACCUGCACCAAUAACUUGACCUUACAAGCACAACACGUGCAAGAUUCCAAGAUGGGGUUUGUGAUUAAUGCGAUAUACUCCAUGGCCUAUGGCCUCCACAACAUGCAAAUGGCACUGUGUCCAGGCUAUGAGGGUCUUUGUGAUGCCAUGAAGCCGAUUGAUGGACGGAAACUCCUAGAUUCGCUGAUGAAGGCCAAUUUCACCGGGGUUUCUGGAGAUAUGAUCUCCUUUGAUGAAAAUGGAGACUCACCAGGACGGUAUGAGAUCAUGAACUUUAAGAAAAUGAGGAAGGAUCAAUACGAUUACAUCAACGUCGGAAGUUGGGACAACGGUGAGCUGAAGAUGGCCGACGAUGAAAUUUGGGCAAAGAAAAGUUUAGUCAUCAGAUCUGUGUGCAGUGACCCUUGUGAAAAAGGAGAGAUUAAGGUUAUCCGCAAGGGAGAAGUCAGCUGCUGCUGGACCUGCACGCCAUGCAAAGAGAAUGAGUUUGUCUUUGAUGAAUACACAUGCAGGGCUUGUGAGCUGGGAUCCUGGCCCAACCAUGACCUCACGGGUUGCGAUUUAAUCCCCGUUGAAUAUCUACGAUGGGGUGAUCCAGAACCGAUCGCUGCGGUGGUUUUUGCCUGCUUGGGUCUCCUGGCUACUUUAUUUGUCACCGCCAUAUUCAUCAUGUACCGUGACACGCCGGUUGUCAAAUCUUCCAGCCGAGAACUCUGCUACAUCAUCUUGGCUGGCAUCUUUUUGGGUUACCUGUGCACCUUCUGCCUGAUCGCCAAGCCUCAGCAGAUCUACUGUUACCUUCAAAGGAUUGGCAUUGGUCUCUCCCCAGCUAUGAGCUACUCGGCUCUCGUGACGAAAACCAACCGCAUCGCCAGGAUUCUGGCCGGUAGCAAGAAGAAAAUCUGUACCAAGAAGCCACGAUUCAUGAGCGCUUGUGCCCAGCUGGUCAUAGCUUUUAUCCUGAUCUGUGUUCAACUUGGCAUCAUCGUUGCCCUGUUCGUUAUGGAGCCCCCCGAUAUCAAGCACGAUUACCCAAGCAUCCGAGAAGUGUACCUGAUAUGCAACACCACCAACUUGGGGGUCGUGACCCCUCUCGGAUACAAUGGUCUGCUCAUUUUAAGCUGCACUUUUUAUGCGUUCAAGACCAGAAACGUCCCUGCAAAUUUCAACGAGGCCAAAUAUAUCGCCUUCACCAUGUAUACCACCUGCAUCAUUUGGCUGGCUUUUGUGCCCAUUUAUUUCGGGAGCAACUAUAAGAUUAUCACCAUGUGCUUUUCGGUAAGCCUGAGUGCCACCGUGGCCCUCGGUUGCAUGUUCGUGCCAAAGGUGUACAUCAUCCUUGCCAAGCCGGAGAGGAACGUGCGCAGCGCCUUCACCACGUCGACGGUGGUUCGCAUGCAUGUUGGCGAUGGAAAACCGUCUUCCGCAACCAGCCGUUCGAGCAGUUUGAUCAACCUGUGGAAAAGAAGGGGGUCUUCUGGAGAAACUCUAAGGUACAAAGACAGGAGGCUGGCCCAGCACAAGUCGGAAAUAGAGUGUUUCACUCCAAAAGGGAGUAUGGGAAAUGGUGGGCGAGCGACAAUGAGCAGUUCCAAUGGGAAAUCGGUCACCUGGGCCCAGAAUGAAAAAAGUACAAGCCGAGGGGCCCAUCUCUGGCAGAGGCUUUCAAUCCAUAUCAAUAAGAAAGAUAACCCCAACCAAACCGCGGUGAUCAAACCCUUCUCUAAAAGCACAGACAGCAGCCGGCAGGGCAGUAGCGCCACUAUCGCCACCACGUUCCCCGAAUCCAGUGCCAAAACUCUUUAUGAUGUCUCCGAAGCUGAAGAACACUACCCAGCUCAAUAUCGGGUUCAAACUCCUUCCCCCAUCAGUACAGUCAGCCAGAGAACUGCUUCCCUGAGCCGGACUGAAGAUGAUGUUCCGACUUUCCAGACGGAACCAACCCAACGGAGCAGUUCUUCCCAAGGUUCCCUGAUGGAGCAAAUCAGCAGCGUGGUGACCCGAUUCACGGCCAACAUCAGCGAACUCAACUCCAUGAUGCUCUCCACCGCCACGCCAGGCCCGAUGGUGACCACCCCGUUGUGCUCUUCCUACCUGAUUCCGAGGGAGAUCCAGAUCCCGACCGCCAUGACCACGUUUGCAGAGAUCCAGCCCCUGCCUGCCAUUGAGGUCAACGGAGCAUCUCAGUCAAGCAGGAAACCGUCGUGUGGAAGCGUCAAAGAAGGCCCUUCGGCGGAAACCCCGGCUGUUGCCAAGCCCGAGCUUGAAGAGUUGGUGGCUUUGACGCCUCCCUCUCCAUUCAGGGACUCUGUGGAUUCUGGAAGUGCUUCUCCCAGUUCUCCUGCAUCGGAAUCCGCCGUCUGUAUGCCGUCUUCGCCGAAAUACGACUCGCUGACGAUAAGGGAUUACACGCAGAGUUCUUCUUCCUUGUGAAUGUAGUUGAAGUCAACUUUGAAUUUCUACAGCGUCGGCUCCGUCAAGGAGACGAAGCCCAGCCUCCUCCCAGUUCUCCAGUGUUUACAGACACAAUGAGAGUAAUGGGUCAUUUUUUGGGGAGGGGGGGAUGAAAAGAUGCAAGGGGAAGAGUAAAAAACAACAGAUGGGUUAUGCUCUUUUAAACUUACACGCACGCACGCACACAGACACACAUACAUACACGACAGAACUUUUUAGCAGAUUUUUCGUGGCCUUAAAAACAUGGGCUUUUCAAUGGAGAGAGGAAAAAAAAAAGAAACUUUGCAUUUAUUCCUGAGGGCUGACAGGACAUCUCUUACAUCACUUACUUGCCAAGUGCUUUGCAACAGCGAGUAACGGGGGACUGGAGAUGGAGAGAAACAGCAGGUAGAUGACCAGAAGUGAUCCAGUGUUUGUUUACUUGGAUUCCUUAAUCCAGAAGUAAACCUUGAUCUUUUUUUUUUUUUCAAGACACGGAAGACCAAAAUCUUGAAUGUACAUUUUGUAGUGAACUCCAGACCGGGGACCAAAAGGACCAACUCCUUUUUUCUUUUUUUUUCCCCCUUUCAGUUGAAAGUGUUUGUUUUUUUAAUGACGAUCUCAACCGAUAGUAAUAUAUUCUGUCACAACGGAACACUGUUGACUAAGCUGGCAGCACUCUGCCCAUUGAUAAAUGUAAAUUAACACACUGCAGCACACGGCUGCACUCAAAGAGGGCUUUUCUAGAAUAACUUCCCAUCUGAAGAUACGUUUAAGAGAGGGAGGGAAAAAAAACGAUCUCUCUUCAGUUAAGUAUCAAUUUUCUUUUCUUUUAUUAUCGUGGGAUAUUAUCAUCUCCAGAAUGACAGCAUUCUGGGAGUGGUUGGUUUGUUUUUUUUCCUGACUAUUUCACCAUGUUGCCAAUCAAUAACGAAGUAGCAAAAAAAAAAAGAAAAAAGAAAAAAAAAUCACAAAAUAAUAAUAAUAAUAAUAAUAAUAAUAAUAAUAACAACAAUAUAGUAAUAGUAUUUUCUGGAAUACUGUUUUGUAAUUCCCGGAUCAGGACAUACGUUGAGCUGAAUAUUCGUUUUCUAUAAUGAUGUGGGGCAGCAUAAGGAUUGCUAGGUUCCCAAGGGUAAUGCAUAUUUUUACAGACGCUCUUGCAUUAACCCUGUCAGGGGACACUUCUAUCAAGAAGGAAGGUCUUUCAGUCAUAAGGAGGAGAACAACUGUCUCUAACAGGGAGACAAGCCAAGGGGAUAUAAAAAGUGUAUAAAGCAG